AUGAACACUCCCAAAAUCAUCGAGACGGCGACCCGAAAGUUUUGGGGCAUUGUGGGCCAUGGCCCAUUUGACGCUUGCGGUCCUCUUUUCAAACGGCUUGGUGUGAUCAAAAAGGAGACAUUCUCCAACACCAAGAUUGACUUUGCCAUGUUGGUACUCUGUGAUGUCCCCAACACUUCCAAGGAUGAUUUGGUUUGGGCGGCUGCCAUGGUCAUCCCUCCUGAGAAGGAGGCAAAGUCUAAAGGUGGGAAGGUCCCCGAUGGAUUGGAAGAAAUUGUUGUAGCGGGACACCGUUGUGCCACCAUGAUGCACCAUGGUGGAUAUGAUGGAUUGCCCAAAUCUUGGGGCAAAUUAUGCAUGGAAUGGAUUCCGUCUCAAAAGAUGUGUCCGAGCAAAGGUUCCCGUGAGUGCCCUCAUUAUGAAAUAUACUUGAAUGAUUGUUCCAAGGGCGAAGCAAUCAAGCAAGAGGACUUGGUUACCCAGCUCUUUGCUCCUGUGGAAGCGGCAGAGUAA